AUGCGGCGAGAUCUUUUUCUCCGCAUUGUGCGGACGUUGGAAGGACGUGAUGAAUACUUCCAGUAUCGGGAAGACGACAUCGGGAGACCCAGACUUACGCCGUUGCAGAAGUGCACGGUUACGAUCCGGCAAUUGGCCUAUUGCACCACAGCGGAUAUGUUCGACGAGUACCUUCACGUCGGGGAGACAACUGGCCGCAGUUUUCUAAAUAAUUUUCGUAAGGGAGUUGUGGAGGCUUUUGGCGACACAUAUUUGCGACCUCCGACUGCUGAUGAUUGCCAGAGCCUGAUGAGGAUGCACGAGAUGGUCCACGGCUUCCCUGGAAUGCUAGGGAGCAUCGACUCCGGGUCGAACAACGACAUCAACGUCCUCAACUCGUCCACCCUCUUCGCCGUCAGUGCAGGGGUUCGCUGCCCGGCCAUCGAGUUCACUGCCAACGGCCUCAGAUAUCAUAUGGGGUACUACUUGGUCGAUGGCAUAUACCCAAAGUGGCCUGUUUUUGUGAAGACGAUCAGCUGCCCAAUUGGAGACAUGAGAGUCUUGUUUGCGGCAAAGCAGGAGUCUGUGCGGAAGGAUGUGGAGCGGGCUUUUGGAUCGCGGUGGGCAAUUGUGAAAUGUCCGGCGCGUUUCUGGUUCAAGGAAGUCAUCGCCGAAGUCAUGUAUACGUGCAUCUUCAUGCAUAACAUGAUAGUCGAACAAGAAGUUGGACAUGUCACCGAUUGGGUGGUUGAUGAAGCCGGAUCUAGCUCCAGCACGGCGACCCCGCCUGUCGCUCGAGGAUUACCGAUGGGCUUCGGUGAGGUUCUACAGAGACAGACCUCAAUGCGCAGCCAACAAGAUCAGGCGGCGCUCAUAGGCGACAUGACUGAAGAAGUUUGGAAGCGUUUCGGCCAUUGA